AUGAGCAAAGCUAUUGGUAUUGAUUUGGGUACUACCUACUCUUGUGUUGGUCAAUUCUCCAACAACCGUGUCGAAAUUAUCGCCAACGACCAAGGUAACCGUACCACUCCCUCCUAUGUUGGUUUCACCGACACUGAGCGUCUUAUCGGUGACGCCGCCAAGAACCAAACUGCUAUGAACCCUCACAACACCGUCUUCGACGCUAAGCGUUUGAUCGGUCGUAACUUUGAGGAUGCUGAGGUUCAAUCCGAUAUGAAGCACUGGCCUUUCAAGGUCAUCCCCAAGAACGGCAAGCCCGUUUUGGAGGUUGAAUUCAAGGGUGAGAAGAAGGUCUUCACUCCUGAAGAAAUCUCCUCUAUGGUCUUGAUGAAGAUGCGUGAAACUGCCGAAGCUUACUUGGGUGGUAAGGUUUCUGACGCUGUCGUUACCGUCCCUGCCUACUUCAACGACUCUCAACGUCAAGCCACCAAGGACGCUGGUACCAUUGCUGGUAUGAACGUCUUGCGUAUCAUCAACGAACCCACUGCCGCUGCCAUUGCCUACGGUUUGGACCGCAACACCACUGGUGAAUCUAACGUCUUGAUUUUCGAUCUUGGUGGUGGUACCUUCGAUGUUUCUCUUUUGACCAUCGAAGAAGGUAUCUUCGAAGUCAAGUCCACUGCUGGUGACACUCACUUGGGUGGUGAAGACUUUGACUCUCGCUUGGUUAACCACUUUAUCCAAGAGUUCAAGCGUAAGAACAAGAAGGACAUUACUGGUAACGCUCGUGCUGUCCGUCGUCUCCGUACUGCUUGCGAACGUGCUAAGCGUACUCUUUCUUCUUCUGCUCAAGCUAGCAUUGAGAUCGACUCCAUGUACGAGGGUAUUGACUUCUACACCUCUAUCACUCGUGCUCGUUUCGAGGAACUUUGCGCUGACCUCUUCCGUAACACUAUGGAACCCGUCGAACGUGUCCUCCGUGAUGCCAAGGCCGACAAGUCCUCUGUUCACGAAAUUGUAUUGGUUGGUGGUUCUACUCGUAUCCCCCGUAUCCAAAAGCUUGUUUCUGACUUCUUCAACGGUAAGGAGCCUUGCAAGUCUAUCAACCCUGAUGAGGCUGUUGCUUACGGUGCUGCUGUCCAAGCUGCCGUCUUGACUGGUGAUACCUCCGAAAAGACUCAAGACCUCUUGUUGUUGGAUGUUGCCCCUCUUUCUAUGGGUAUCGAAACUGCUGGUGGUGUCAUGACUGCUCUUAUCAAGCGUAACACUACCAUUCCUACCAAGAAGUCCGAAGUCUUCUCUACUUACUCUGACAACCAACCCGGUGUCUUGAUUCAAGUCUACGAAGGUGAGCGUGCUCGUACCAAGGACUGCAACUUGCUCGGUAAGUUCGAACUCUCUGGUAUUCCUCCUGCCCCUCGUGGUGUUCCUCAAAUCGAAGUUACCUUCGAUGUUGACGCCAACGGUAUCUUGAACGUGUCCGCCCUCGAGAAGGGUACUGGUAAGACUCAAAAGAUUACCAUCACCAACGACAAGGGUCGUCUCUCUAAGGAAGAAAUUGACCGCAUGGUUGCUGAUGCCGAGAAGUACAAGGCUGAAGAUGAAGCUGAAGCUGCUCGUAUUCAAGCCAAGAACCACUUUGAAUCCUAUGCCUACUCUUUGCGUAACUCCAUGGAUGACCCCAACUUGAAGGACAAGGUUGAGGCCUCUGACAAGGAAACCAUUGACAAGGCUGUCAAGGAGAGCAUCGAAUGGCUCGACAACAACACCACUGCUGCUAAGGACGAAUACGAGUCCAAGCAAAAGGAAUUGGAAGGUGUUGCCAACCCCAUCAUGGCCAAGGUUUACCAAGCUGGUGGUGCUCCUGAAGGCGCUGCUCCCGGUGCCGCUCCUGAGGGUGCUCCUGGUGCUGCCCCUGGCGGUGAGCAAGGUCCCGAAGUUGAGGAAGUUGAUUAA